UAAUAUAAGGAGAACCAAAAAGCACUUUCUUUUUCCUUCAUCACCACUUCACUAUCUAUAUCUCUUCACACUCGAAGCGCUUUCAUAUUAUAGAAAAUGAAAAUGGAAAUGGGUGGGCAUGGGUUCCAAAUCCAAGGGAUGAUGAUGGUUGUUCUUGUUGUGAUGGUCAUCUCAGGAACAGCACAAGCACAAACACAUGUGCAUCACGUGGUAGGAGGAGAUCGUGGGUGGGAUCCAACCUCAGACCUCGUUUCUUGGUCUUCAGGAAGGGUGUUUAGGGUCGGAGACCAAAUCUGGUUCACCUACUCUGUGGCGCAGGGAUUAAUCGCAGAGCUGAAAAGCAGAGAAGAAUAUGAGUCGUGUGAUGUGAGCAACCCCAUCAAGAUGUACACGGAGGGUUUGCAUACCAUACCGCUUGAAAGGGAAGGAAUCAGGUACUUCGUUAGCAGCGAGCCCGAGCACUGCAAGACUGGUCUCAAGCUACACGUUGAGGUUCUGCCUAAGACUGCACCUGCACGUAACACAAAUUAUCAUACUCCAACGGUUGAGGCUGCUGGGCCCACUACUCCUUCGGGCUCGGCCCGUUAUGCUCACAAAACAUUUCUAGUGCUCGUCGUAAUAUUCUGCGUCACCGUGGGCCUUGCUUAUUGACACCAGCCUAUAUGAGAAAAAUUGGUUCCGUAUAUGUUUAUUUAAAGACAAUAUUUUGGGAUUUGGGAUAUUGGUAUGUGGCAGUUUUUUUUUUCUCUGUUUUUUUUAAUGUGAGAUACAAGUUUAAGAAUGGGAUUUGAGGGUUUUUUUUAUUUUAAUCUUGGUAAAUGAAUUUAUCUAGAAUCUUGGACAAUUUCGAAAUUGUCCAACUUCAACUGUUUCUACGUGAAAGAUUUUAAUUACUGAAA